AGCGGCUCCGCGACCGGAGAUCAAGCCGGCGCCCGAGGUGGGUGACCUGCUGCCGCCCAGCCUGCAGCUGUCGCAGGAGGUACGGCGCUGCCGCCGGGGCGUGGUGGUGCUGGUCGCUGCAGGCUGCACCUGGGACGACGGCGUACUCAGCUGCCUGCGCCUGGCGCGCAAGCACCUGCGUCCGCUGGUGCUGCUGCAUGCCGUACAGAGCUGCCCGCUGCCGGCGCUGGAGGCCUGGCCGCCGGAUGUGCAGCCGCUCAUCGCCGCCUGCGGCCGCCCCGUCAAGUACCUGUCGCAGCAUGCGUCGGAGGCGCUGCGGGAGGUGCAGCGGCGGCUGGAGGAGGGGGCCGCGACGGCGACGGUGACGGUGGGAUUGCCAGCAGCAGCAGCAGCUGUGGCGCCGGCUGCGACGCGUCCGGCGAAGGGGCCCUCCCCUGGCGGUGGAGUAGGAGGGGAAGGAGGUGGAGGAGGGGGGCAACGCACUGGGCAGCAGCAAACCUUAGCUGUAAAACUCAAGCUGUCGCAACCGCAGCAGCCGCAGCAAGGGUGUUGUCAGCGGCGAUGUGAGGGUGAGGACGGUAAGGGAGCAGCGCCCGAAGGGGCGGGUGUACAACCGCCGGCGGCGGCGGCUCAGCAGCAGCAGCAGCAGCACCCAGAAGGGCUGCUCUCCUUGGCGGCGGUGCAGGCGGCGGUGGGCUCGGCCCUUUGCUGCCGUGCGGCGCAGCUCAUGGGUCCCUGGGUGUGCGAGCAACAGCCGCAACCGCAACAGCCGCAACCGCAACAGCAGCAACCGCAACAGCAGCAGCAGCAGCAGCAGCAGCAGCAACUGUCGUGUGGGAAACCAGGGACAUCAUCCAACGUCACGGGGCGGAGCCAGUCGCCCGGGCCUAUCACCUCAACCCCGGUGGAGGCACUCACGGGGGGGUCGGGGGGGCUGCGGCUGGGAACCCCUGCUGGAGGUGCGGCCGCCAGCAUGCCUGGAGCGACAUGUGGCUGUACGGCAGCACCCACCCAGCAGCCGUACAACCGCGGUAGUUGCAGCAGCCGUAACAGUCGCGUGGCAGUGCUGGCGCCGGGAGCUCCUCCUGGAGAGGGCCGGCAGGCGCAGCGGUGCGGGAGUGAAGGAGACAGGGAGGGGAGGGCCAGUGGGGGCCAAGGGGGGUGCAGUAAUAGCAGUAAUAGUCGCCGUGGUGGCACCAGCAACGGCACCAGCGGUACCACCAGCAGCAGCAGAUGUAGGUGCGUGCUGAGGUGCCGAGACGCCCGGUGGACGACGCCGGUGGCCUUCAUAUGCGCACAGCUCGAGCAAGACCUCGGCCGGAGCAACGUAAGCUUGCAGGCGGCGGGGGUACCCUGUCCUGGGUCGCUGGCGUCAUGCAAGGCAGCCGCCGAGGCAACCGCGUUGACCCCCCAUACAUCGCCGGCCUGCGUUCACCAGAGCGCACUGCAGCAGGUCUACGAAACCGGGCCGAAGAGUACGGCAGCUACGGCCUUUCCCUCGCCUCUAACGGUCCGUCCGCGCCCGGGUUCCUGCGGCGCUAGCGAGUACGGCAGCUGCAGCAUCUCCCUAUCACCCUCGCCUGUCAGCACCGCCGGCGUGAACCCGCACAUGGUACGACAGAGCGUCCCAUGCGUCGACGUCUUCGCGUCCCUCACCGCCCUAUCUGCGGAAGUGGAGCGGCCCUUGAGCCCCGGGGUCGUGCCGCCCGGCUCUCAGGACGAUAACGGCGAUGGGCCCAGCGAACCGCAGGACUGCCGAGCUGCGGGUUGUUCCUGGGCGCCCGGUUGUGCCCGGUUGUGUCAGGAGGAUGCCGCAGCGGCCGCCGGCGUCACGGUCGUCGUACAUUUCGUAUCGCCGGGUCUGACGGCGUCGCAUGCGUGUUUGUCGGAGGUGGCGGCUGAGCUGGUGGCUGGGGGGCGGCGUGUGGUGCUGGUGGCGGAUGGGCAGUGCUGCCAGCAGCUGCCGGGGUGCGGACCCAGCGACAUGCGGCCUGACGUGUGGAAGGCCAUCAAGAAGCUCUGGCGGGAGCGGCUGCUGUACGUUUCCGACUACCACUCGUCCUUCUGUGCUCUGCUGGCGCAGUCAGUGACCACGACGCCUGGUACAACAACGCAUCAACCAUGAGAACAACUGGACACCUGCAACGUCAUCAGCACCAUCAUACUCAGCAUUCAGCAGCCUCCAAUCCAGUAUCGGAUAUUGGAUGACCGAGUGUGGCUU